CGACUGGAGCCGUCCAGGUCCACCAUGGCCCCCAACGUGAGCACCAAGCGGAAGAACCUGAGUAUGGAGGACAAGGUGCAGGUCAUCCGGGAGGUCGAGAGGGGCAAGAAGAAGUCGGCCGUGGGCCGCCAGUUCAACCUGGUGCGGUCGACGAUCCACAGGAUCUGGAACGACAGGGAGCGGAUCCUCAGCGCGUUCGAGCAGGAGGGGCCCAAAGCCAAGCGGCUGCGGAAGCCCGCCCGGGGGGACGUGACCCAAGCCCUGGCCAAGUGGGUCAGGCAGCAGAGGGCCGCGGACGCGCCCGUCAGCCGGCCCCGGCUCGUGGUCAAGGCGCGGGAGCUCGCGGCCACCUUGGGGGACGAGACGUUCGUCUGCUCCGGCGACUGGAUCCGCCAGUUCAGGCUCCGCCACGACGUCCGCUUCGCCCAGGGCGGGGGAGCCGCGGCCGGGGGUCCCGAGGCAGGCGGGGAGUGGGCGGCGGCCGUGUGGCCGGCGCUGCGGGAGGACUUCGGCGAGGGGGACGUCUUCUGCGCGGACGAGACGGGCCUGAUUUUCGGGACGGCGGGCGACGGCGGGAGACCGUCCCGGGACCGGAUCACGGCGCUGGUGUGCGCCAACAUGAGCGGGACGGAGAAGCGCCGUCUGGUCGUGGUGGGGGAGUCGCCCCUUCCCGGACCCCCGGCCCGGCAGGCCCCGGAGCGGACGCCCGUCUUCUACUCGGUCCACCCCAGGGCCCGCGUGACGUCGGCCCUGUUCCGGGCGGAGCUGCGGCAGUGGGACCGAGAGCUGCGCCUGCAGAGCCGGAAGAUCCUCCUGCUUGUGGACCCCGGGCCGGCGCGCCCGCGGGUGGACGGCCUGCAGAACAUCCGGCUGGCCUUCCUGCCGUCCGGGCACCCGGGUCGGCCGCGGCCGUUGGGCCGGGGCGUCGUCGGGAGCCUCCGGGGCCACUUCCGCCGGCUGAUGACGCUGAGGCGGGUCGAGCGCGCGGGCCGCGGGGGGGACCCGGCCGCCACCUUGGGGGACGCCCUCUGGGCCGCGGACAAGGCCUGGGGCGGCAUCACGGAAGGCACCAUCCGCGAGGGCUUCCGGCAGGCGGGGCUCGCCGGGGCCGACCCCGGGGCGGCGGGCGACGACGGCGAGGGGGACGACGAUCUCCCCAAGGCGGGGUGGCCGAGGUGGACGGAGGACAACGGGCACGCCAACGGCUUCUCCCGGUUGGACCCGGACGUGUUCGCCAUCUCCCGGCCCCCGUCCGAGCCGGCGGGGGACCGGGACGGAAGGGCCGGAGGUGAAGAGAAGGCGGAGGAGUCGGCGGGCGCUCCCAGCACCUGGGAUGCCCUGCGGGCCUUCAGGCUCCUGCGUCGGUUUUACCAGGCCUGGGAAGCCGAAGCCCUAAUCCCUCCACUCAGGAAGCGGAAGGUGCCGGUGACGUUCGAGGAUGUGGCCGUCUAUUUCUCGCGGGAGGAGUGGGCGGCGCUGGACGGGCGGCAGCAGGAGCUUUACCGGGACGUGAUGCGGGGCAACUACGAGCUGGUGGCCUCGCUGGGGGCUCUGGACCCCAAGCCCGACAUCCUGUACCGGAUCGAGCACGGAGAGGAGCCGUGGGUGGGCGUGAGCGGGCACACGGCCCUGAGGGACCUGCUGGCCUGCUCCUUCCUGGGAGCCAGCCCGGACCCCGCACGCCGUGUCCUGCCCGAGGACCGGACCGUGGCAGGGGCACCUCCCCCGGCCCUACCCACGCCGGGGGCGCAGACCGCGGAGGACCAGCUGCUCCGGGCCGGCGGCCAGGCCGGCUUCGGCCCCCUGGCCCUCGAGGCCCCCGCGGGGGCGGGCGCCGGCGGGCCCCCGCGGCGGGCGGCCGGGGAGAAGGGAAAGCGCUGGCGGCAGCGACGGCGGCGGAGGAAGCCGAGGGCGGGCCUGCGCGGGCAGAGCUGGGAGCGGCCCCACACGUGCCCCGGGUGCGGGAAGCGCUUCAGCUGGGAGCAGAACCUGCGCAUGCACCGGAGGACCCACCUGCCCGCGGGCCCCUCCGAGAGCCCCCCAGCCCAGCCCCCGGCGCCCCCGCCGCCCGCCGGCGCCACCCCCAAGCCCAAACCCUUCGCCUGCUCCCAGUGCCGGAGGCGCUUCGGCCAGAAGCGGGAGCUGCGGGCCUUCGGCUGCUCCGAGUGCGGGAAGCGGUUCCGGACCAAGGCCAGCCUGGCGCGGCACCAGCAGAGCCACCCGGGCCACCGGCCCUUCGCCUGCCCCCACUGCGCCAAGCCCUUCAGCCGCCACUGGCACCUGGCGCGCCACCUGCGCUGCCACUCCGGGGAGCAGCCGUUCGCCUGCCCCGAGUGCGGGAAGCGCUUCCGCUGGAAGAGGAACCUGGUGACCCACCAGCGGCGGCACGGCGGCGGGCGGCCGCUCUACCCCUGCCCCGACUGCGGGAAGCGCUUCACCUGGAAGAAGAACCUGCUCACGCACCAGAAGGCCCACGAGGAGAGCGGCGGCCCGCGGGGGGACGGGGCCCCCCGGGCGGGGGCGGCGGGGCCCGGCGCCCCCCCGAAGCCGAGGCUCUUCGCCUGCGCCCUGUGCGAGCGGCGCUUCGGCCGCAACAUGGACCUGAUCCGCCACCAGCGCGUGCACACGGGCGAGCGGCCCUUCCCCUGCCCCGACUGCGGGAAGCGCUUCAGCCGCAAGGCCCACCUGCUGGCCCACGCGCCGGUGCACACGGGCGACUGGCCCUUCCCCUGCCCCGACUGCGACAAGGGCUUCUGCACCAAGGCCAACCUGGUGCGCCACCAACGCACCCACCUGGGCAUCGGGCCCUUCUCCUGCCCCCAGUGCGGCAAGUGCUUCGGCCACGAGGAGGACCUGGCCCGCCACCUGCCCUGCCACGCCCGCGAGCGGCCCUUCACCUGCGCCGAGUGCGGGAAGUGCUUCAAGUGGAAGAACAACCUGGUGGUGCAUCAGCGCAGCCACACCGGGGAGCUGCCCUUCUCCUGCCCCGAGUGCGGGAAGCGCUUCAGCCAGAAGUCGCACCUGGUCACCCACACCCCCGUGCACACGGGCGAGCGGCCCUUCCCCUGCGCCCAGUGCGGCAAGCGCUUCCGGCAGAAGUCCCACCUGACGGCCCACACCCUGGUGCACAGCGGCGAGCGGCCCUACCCCUGCCCCGACUGCGGGCGCCACUUCAUCCGAAAGACCAACCUGAUCCGCCACCAGCGGGUCCACGCCGGGGGGCCGCUCGCCGCCCCGGGGGCCCCCCCGUCCCCGGAAGACCGGGGCGGCCCCCUCUGACCGGGUGGGAAGACCCGGCGGGGGGAGUCGGGCACGGCCUCAUCCGGGCGCAGCGGAGGCCGGGAGGCGGGUCUCUCCCUCGCGCGUUGACCCUACCCUUGCCCGACGCGGACAUUCGCUCCCCCCACGACCCCGGAAUGGGGCUCUGGGGGGAAAUGGAGGCUCGGCGGAGAUGUGAGGUGGAGGGAUCGGGAGACCCGAGGCCGUGAGCCAACGCGAGGCCACCCCGGCGGUAGGCAAACAGGAGUUAGCGACGGGCGGAGGAACUGAGAGCUCUCUGGAGGCUCUAGUCAAGUAAGUGUCCCCGGGGUGGGGGCCUGCCCAAAGCCCAGUGUCUGUAAUAACGGCGGUGUUCGUUAAGCGCUUACUCUGUGUUAAGCACUGGGGUAGAUAAUGUGAUCAGGACGGACACGAUCCCCGUCCCACGUGAGGCUCACAGUCUAAAGGGGAGGGAGGAUAGAUUUUUAAUCCCCAUUUUACCGAGGCACGGGGAAUUCACGGUCGUUCGGAGGAGUCGAGAGUCAAUCCCAGGUCUCCCGACUCCCAAGCCCUUUCCGCUAGGCCUCGAGUCGCGGGUUCUGGUCCUGGACGUUAAUCUCCUCGACUCCUGCCACGAUGGGGGUCCUCGGAUCCGGCCAGAAAGGAAGGUCAACCCCCGGUCGGGGCUCGUCCACCCCCAGUCUUUCAGGUGAGGUAAUUUGGGUCGGCGGGCGCCGCCAGGUAAGAGUCCUACGAGGCGGCAUCCCCCAAAGGUGCCAGCCCGCUCUUGGCCAGGGACCGCCGCCGGACCACCCCCUGGGGCGGGCCCCAGAGUCCGGCCGGGAACCCGGGCAGUGAAGCGGCAGCGGAGCCCAGAAGCCAAGCACGCGGACGGGAUGGGGAGGGCGGGGUCCAGCGGGCGGGCCGAGCCAAAGCCGGCUGGUUCCCGCAGGGCAGGCGAAACUGGGCAGUCACCAAGUUGGAGCCCGGGCAGCCACAGGGAAGCAGGGAUCGGAGGUGGGUUCGGCCCCAGUGAUGAGGCACUGACAGGAGGGGGGCCGCAGGGGAGCCGGCCGGUGGGUUGGGAAGGUCAACGUUCGGGGUGGAGGCCGCUCAGCCCGGGUCACGGCGAAGAGCAGCGGAGAAGGGCAGGUCAGAGGGCAGGCGAUCUGCCCUGGCACCCCAAAUUGUCCAUGCUCCCAGUUCCCUCCCGCUGCCAGCCCUCACUGACUCUCCUCUGCUCCGGGAUUGAGGACUCCGCGGGGAAAGAGGGAAGGGAAUUGACGGGACUCCUCCACCCCUCGCUCAGUGGUCUUCCCUUUCUUCCCCCGCGAGAUGGGGGGGGGGGAGUCGCUCCGCCCAGGAGGCCGCAGGACCUGGGCGACACGUUGGUCUCCUCCCUCCCCUCACACACACUAUCUGGGGAAAAGCCAAGGGCUGGGCCGGAGCCUCCAGCCGUGGGAGGGAAAACGGUCCAGCUUCGUCUGCUGUUCAGUCAUUCAUUCAAUCAUUUAUUGAGCCCUUACUGUGUGUAAAGCACUGUACUAAGCACUUGGGAGAGUACAGUACAACAGACACGUUGCCUGCACAAAACGAGUCGAUGCAGAAGGGACGGAUCGAGGCUGUGGUCAGCACUACUGUCCCACCACCACCUCUGUGGGCAGUGGAGACUGGGAGAGAAAGGGGGAAAGUGGUCCGCCCAGUCCCUCGGAGCAGAAUCUACGGUAACGGUCAAGGUGUCCAUGGCCAUCAUCCAGGAAAGCCAAAGGGUUUUGGUCCCAGAAGGUUCUGGGCCCGAGUUGUUAUUGUGGUAUUCACUAAAGGCCUACUGUGUGUCAAGCACUGUUCUGAGCACCAGGAUAGAUACAAAGUUUAUCAGGUCAGAC